AUGUGCGCUUAUUAUGGAGCAGUGAAUAUUUUCCAAUUUUUAAUUUCGAAUUCUUCUAAAAUGACUCCAUUCACAUUGAGUUUAAGUUUCUAUGGUUCGAACGAAGAUAUUAUUAACCAAUGCCUCAGAUAUUAUACACCUACACAAGAUUGUAUGCUUUAUGCUAUUAUUUCUCAUAAUUUCGAUCAUGUUUCUCUUUUAGUACAAAGAUAUAAUCUUGUUAUUGAUCCUUUUAUUUGCAUGAAUUUCAACAAUUUAAGGUGCUAUCUUGAAAGAAUUAAAUCAAUUAACGAUUUGCAAACUGAAUUCUUAGAUUAUAGAGCAUUUCCUCUUGAAGAUUUGGCUAUCAAUUGCUUAGAGAAUUCCAUAAAUAUAUUGCCACGAGAAACAUCUGAUUUGAUCUUUUACUUGGGUCUUCAAAAUUCAGCAAAAGUUGAUAAAAUUAUUCAGUAUGUAUAUGCUCCAGGUGAAGAACCUACACUGUUUAAUGCUGCUAAGGUUAAAAAUCCAGCAUUUGCACAGCAUUUGAUAUCUAUGGGUCAGAAUGUUAACGCAGUUAAUAAAGAUGGUUUCACACCAUUACAAAUUUGCAUAAUUAACAAGAAUACUGAAGUUGCAAACUUACUUAUAGAACAUGGAGCUGAUAUCAAUUAUAAAAACCAAGAUGAUGAUACUCCAAUUCAUAUUGCUGCCAAGUCGAAUGCUGUAGAGAUUGCAAAGAUUCUCAUUGAAAAAGGUGCAAAGCUGGACGAAGUCAAUAAAUUACGUCAAACCCCUCUAAAAGCUGCAAUCUUCAACAAGAGCAGUGAAAUUGUUGAUUUGCUAUUAAAACAUGGAGCAAAAGAUGAUAUGAGCUCUAUUGGAUUAACGACUGAUCAAAACGCAAAUAAUAUUCAAACAUUAGUUCAAUAUUCAGAAUCUUAUAGCAAUCCAGAAACAACAUCUUCUCUUGUUAAAGCAGGAUUAGAUGUAAAUGCAAGAAAUAUACUUCAAGAAUCACCUCUUUGUGAUGCAAUUUCAAGAGGAUCAAUUGAUAAUAUCAAAAAUCUGAUUGAACUAGGUGCUGAUGUAAAGGCGACAUAUGUUUAUGAUGAUACAAUUUUACAUGUUUUUGCAUCCAAAGUAAAAAAGAAUAUUGAAGAAAUAUUUCAAAUCCUUGUAGAUGCAGGGGCUGAUGUAAAUAUUCCAAAUAGGCAUGGUGAAACACCUCUUCAUCAUGCCGUGAUCUCAAACAAAUUUGAUGUUGUAAAAGUAUUUAUUGAAAAUGGAGCCCAAAUUGAUGUGAAAUCAUCUGCGGGAAUCAAUCCUUUGCAAAUUGCAGCAAACUUAGGAUACUUUGAUAUUUUUGAAUAUCUUAUUGAUAAUGGUGCCGAUCAUAAUGUCAUUUUCGAGCCUAGUAAUGACACUCUUCUCCAUCUCACAGCACAUUACUUUAAAUACUCUGAAAAGCUACUAUUUCCUAAAUAUAAUAAAAAAGGAAGCUUUAAUAUUGCAUGGAAAUUGAUUGAUUUAGGAUUGGAUGUAAAUGCAAUCAACAAUGAAUCAAAAACACCAUUAUUAUAUGCAUCAGAAUUUGGAGAAUAUGAAUUAGUUAAGUUAUUAAUCGAUAAAGGUGCUGAUAUAAACCCAUUUGAUAACUUAGGUAACAAUGCAAUUCAUUAUUGUGCAAUGGCUCCACAAUCUGAUAAAUUGCAGUAUUUAUUAAGACAAAAUAUUGAUGUUAAUCUCAAAUCAACAACAACAGGAAGAACACCACUUCACUUUGCAGCAGAAGGCCUUUCAGAUAAGAACAUCACAUUACUUAUAAAAAAUGGAGCCAAUCCAAAUGAAAAAGACUUUCAAGGACUAACACCUUUGGAUGUAUUAAUACGAUUUUCAGGUUUAAAUGAGAACAUGCAUCGCAAAGCAGAUAAACCAGGUAGUAAUUCUUUCUUGGCCUUAGCAAAAAAUGGUGCUGAUUUAAAUGAAAUUCAUUUUAAAAAAGGAAUUACUUUAUUGCAUUGGGCAUCAUACAAAGGUCUUGAUGAAGUUGUGAAAUACUUAGUUUCUCGUGGAUUUUCUGUUAAUUCCAAAGACUCUUCUGGUUUUUCUCCUAUAAUUCAUGCAAAUGGAGGAUUUCAAUUAAAAACUGUUAAACUUUUACAACAGCUUGGAGCACAAGAUUCGAUUCCCUUGCAUAGCAAGAAAGAGUUUUAUCAUUUAAUAGAAGAAUUGUAUAAUGAUGUAUUCUAA